CCCCGGCCCCGAUCCGCAGGGCCCGUCUCCCCCCCACCCAUUCAUUAUUGAUCAUAUUUUAUAUAAAUCCAACGCCACACAAUUUUUUCCCCAUUACCGGAGCCGUGGGGAGGCGGCCCGGCCAUUGGCGGAGGGCGCGUCACGUGGGCGGGGUCACGUGGCCCCGGGGAGGAAAAAAAAGGGGGUCCUUUUUGGUGUAAAUCUGGACUCUAAUUCCGUAAUAUAUCAAGGAAUCUCGUAAAACCGACACUAAAACGCCCCUGCCUACAAAUCAUCCGGCCAAAUUAUGAGUUCAUUGUAUUAUGCGAACGCUUUAUUUUCCAAAUAUCCGGCCGCAGGUUCGGUGUUCGCCGCCGGCGCCUUCCCCGAACAAACUUCGUGCGCGUUCGCCGCCAGCCCGCAGCGGCCGGGCUAUGGCGCGGGCUCCGGCGCCCCCUUCGCCGCCGCCUCGGUGCCCGGCCUGUACCCCGGCGGCGGGGGGGGCCUGGCGGGCCAGGGCGCCGCCGCCGGCGUCUACGCGGCCGGCUACGGGCUCGAGCCGGGCUCCUUCAACAUGCACUGCGCGCCCUUCGAGCAGAGCCUCUCCGGGGGGUGUCCCGGCGAGGCCGCCAAGGAGCAGAGGGACGCGGACUUGGCGGCAGAGAGUAACUUCCGGAUCUACCCCUGGAUGCGAAGCUCAGGGGCCGACCGCAAGCGAGGCCGCCAGACCUACACCCGCUACCAGACGCUGGAGCUGGAGAAGGAGUUCCACUACAACCGCUACCUGACCCGGCGCCGGCGCAUCGAGAUCGCGCACGCGCUCUGCCUGACCGAGCGGCAGAUCAAGAUCUGGUUCCAGAACCGCCGCAUGAAGUGGAAGAAGGAGAACAAGACCACGGGCCCCGGAGCCCCUGACCAGGACAAGGCCGAGGCUGAGGAGGAUGAGGAGGAGUGAGGGAGGGAGAAGGGGCAGAGGAAGACAGAGAUGAGGAAGGGAGAGAGGGAGAAAGAAGCCCAGCUUUUGGGAACUGAACCAGGAAACUCAGAUCCAAUAGGGGAGGAAACCCUAUUUAAAUGGAAAACAGUUAAAAAAAAUUUUUUUUAAGGAGAGAAGGUGAAAUUUCUUAACAUUGAAACAAGUUGCUUAACACUGAAAACAGAAACUACCUAUAGGAAAGUCCACCGGGUCUGUUUGUACAGCAUGGGAAGGACACCGUCUACCUGCUCUAUAGCUUUCUGGAAUUUGCCUCCCCUUUUCUAUGUCGCUACUGUAAGGUCUUUGUAAAAAUGUUGCUGUUUUGUAAGCCCCCCCCCCCCAUCUUCGAUGCUGUCUUUUGUGGUCUGUGGGUCUGGACUAACUGGACUAACGUGUUGUUCCCCGCCCCCAUGAGCCCACCCUCCCAGUAGAGGCACCCAUGGGGCCUUAGGGAGCCCCAAGGACCCACUGACUAGCUCCAUUGUCCUCGCGCACCUGCCCUGCCCCUCACUCCUUGCUCCCGCCAGCCCUGUGGUCCUCUUUACCUUGUGUGUAUCUGAAGAAUGGAGAAAUAAAACGCAAUUUAAAAACAAA